AUGUGCAAUAAAACGGUUAGGACCAACCUGAUACUUUCCGAAGAUGAUUCGCGGUUGACGAGGCUAUCUAGGGAUGUGUUUCUACAAUUGUUUGGUGGUAAACCUGAGCAUUUGUUAGCUGAAGAAGUGUUAUACGUACAGGCGAGGUUGCCGAGCUACGAGCAAAACACCAGAAUUUAUGUCUUAAAUUGUUCAAUUGAGGACAGUUUAGAAGCUAAUACUAUUGCUAUCCCUACUAGGUGCUUAGGAAUUGUUCUACAGUCACCGAUUAUUGAUUUUUGUGAGGUUAGUGUUGUGUAUGACAAUCCGCCGGUCCUAAGGGGUGUUACCGUGGAGGUUCAGCGUGAGUUAUACGAUCAGUUGGCUUCGUUGGAUAAAAAGGAUAUUCUCAAGUUCCUUGAGAUCAAGGGCGAUAUCAAGGAUAAGGAGACAGUAGUGCAUAUUGGAGAAGUGAUUGUUGAUCCUUGGUGUAAGAUUAUCGACUGUUUCCCGCAUUUCCAAGGCACUAUUGAAUUUGCAUCUACGGCGGUUACGGUUGUUAAAUGUGACUGUGAGAUGCCAAUGGUACCUUUAUUUGAUGGUUUGAAUGAAAUCAGUGACAAUGAUAUGGAAGAUAGUGUUGUUUCCGUGAAAAUGAAGUGCCUACCAUAUCCAAUACACAAAUCACUUCUUACACCGGAGCCUGAGUUAUCUGCUGAUGAUUCUCUCUUUGUUUUUGCAACGGCAGAAACCCUUGUGAAGCUUUCAGUUUCUAGUGGAUCGAGUAUUUGCAUAGAUAAUGGGAACAAGUGCAGGAUCGGAAAGCUUUUUGUGCUUCUAUCACCGAAUGUGUUUGAAUCGGGCAUCCUCUACGCUACUCCCAAACUUGUAGUGAAUUUUGCAGAGAAUCUAAAUGUCAAGUUAAGGAAGGUUGAUGAAAAUCCUGAAGCGAUCCCGAUAGCAGGGUCGGUGACGGUUUCAAGAGUGGGAAGCUGGGAAAACUCUCAAGCUACUUACCAGAAGAUUAUCCUCCAUAAUUUAACAAGGUUUAUCACGGAAAAAGACAGGAUCUUCUUCCAAGGCGAUUUGAUUCCCGUCACAUUUGAUUCAAACUAUGCAGUGAUUUUUGAUGAAUCCUCGCAUGAUUCGCAAGCUGAGAUGAAUGAUAAUAAGCUUGUGUGGUUUCGAAUUGACACUGCGAAGUUCGAUGAUAACGCCGAAAUCAAAACGGCAUUCCGCCUUGAUAGCAAGAAAACUAUGUUAGCUACUUCAAGUGUCACUAACAUAUCAGUUCCCCCGCUAUCUGUUUGUGACUAUGUCUCUUAUUUUGGACUGGAACCGUGUUUCCAGUACUCCGAUGAAGUAUUUGACUAUGCGAAAAGGUUCAGUGACAUAUUGAGAACUAAUUUAAGGUGCUCUUCCCUCCCCAUUAAAAUUCAGGCGUCUGUUUUGUUGCAUUCUAUGACUCCGAACGUGGGUAAGAGCGUUUUGGUGAGAUCUGUAUGCCGUUCAUUAGGCAUCAAUUUAAUUGAGAUUGACUGUCUCCUAUUAGAUCCUAAUGCAAACGCUUCUGAUGCAACUUCGAAUUUUGUGGGACUGUUACGUGCCAAGAUUGAAAACGUUUUGCCAUACACAACGCCUGCAGUUGUGUUUCUGUCGCAUAUUGAUGCGAUCCUGGAAAAGGAGGAUGCCAUGGCAGACCAAGCAAGUUUUAAAUCUGCUAGGACAAUGGCUUUAGAAAUAUCGAAAAUUGUGACUGAAUAUGGCGAAGCAUAUGCAGGGACUGUAUUUGUACUGUCUACAAAUGAUAUUUCUACUCUUCCAGACUCUGUAAGAUCGAAAAUAAGGUUUGAACUAGAAAUUCCAGUCCCAACUGAGUACCAGAGGGCCGAAAUAUUCCGCUGGUACUUGUCAUCUGCGAUCCUGAACUAUAAAACUAGCAUCCCUUUUGCUACGUCUCAAGACAUAGCCAUAUCCAAGCUAGCACUAAAGUCUGCAGGUCUAACACCCAACGAUAUUAGUUCAAUUGUUGCGAAUGCAAAGAAUUGCUGUUAUCAGCGGUACAUAAAAAAUGAGAGUUUAAAGUUGUGGGAUGGAGGUAUGCUACAGAUUAUGAGUGAAGACUUGACUACUGCCAUUGCACAGGCUAGAAACGAGUACUCCGAAUCCAUAGGUGCACCAAAGAUCCCCAACGUUACCUGGGAGGAUGUGGGAGGUCUACAAUACGUCAAAGACGAAAUUAUGGAAAUAAUAGACCUGCCAUUGAGGCACCCAGAGUUAUUUGCAAACGGCAUGAGAAAGCGAAAUGGUAUCCUAUUUUAUGGUCCGCCAGGAACAGGAAAAACAUUGGUAGCAAAGGCAAUUGCCACCAAUUUCUCCCUGAACUUCUUCAGUGUUAAAGGUCCAGAGCUACUGAACAUGUACAUAGGUGAGUCCGAAGCAAAUGUUCGCCGUGUCUUUCAACGAGCACGAGAUGCAAAACCUUGUGUUAUUUUCUUUGAUGAACUAGAUUCCGUUGCUCCCAAGAGAGGAAAUCAGGGCGACUCGGGGGGAGUCAUGGAUCGUAUUGUUUCCCAACUCCUCGCGGAACUCGAUGGCUUGUCUUCGAGCAGUGACGGUGUAUUUGUUGUCGGCGCUACCAACAGACCCGAUUUAUUGGAUACCGCAUUGCUGCGGCCAGGAAGAUUCGGGCGCUUGCUGUACCUCGGUAUCGCUGACACCAAUGAAAAGCAAGUGCAUAUUCUAAAAUCACUAACUAGGAAUUUCACUCUCAGCGAUGAUACCAACCUUGAAGAAGUAGCUGAAGUGUGUCCCUUUACAUAUACAGGGGCCGAUUUCUACGCACUUUGUACAGACGCAAUGUUAAGCGCAAUGACCAGAACAGCUGCCGAAGUUGAUAAAAAGGUUGCAGCAUAUAAUGCUGAACAUAAUAAAGAUUACUCCGUACGUUAUUGGUUUGACACUGUUGCGGAGCAAUCCGAUUCCCGCAUUGUCGUUAAAAUGGAGGACUUUAUAAAUGCCCAGAAGGCGCUAGUUUCCAGUAUAUCACAAGAAGAGCUGAAUCAUUAUUUAUCUAUCAAAUCUAGAUUUGAAUCAACCUGA